AUGGACUGCCUCGAGAGACACGAGCAGCAGGCCUACAGACGUGACCGCAACCGUCGGACCUGUGGCUCUUGCAGUCAGCUGUAUCCUACAAGAAAUACCCUUUUUCAGCACCUUAAGAAGGGUAGUUGCUUUCAAAAGGACCCUUGGGGGGUUGAUCCGACCCAUCGCACGUAUUGGAAAUACGGGUCUUUUCAACCCUUCCAACAACAGCUGCAACAGCCACUUUCCUUUCCUCCUUCCUUUAAUCAUUGGAUUCAUCAUCCGGACCGUCCUAUCCGUCGAAGACGACCUGGCCCUGAUCAUAUUAGCCCAGGCCUGCGAGAAUACGAUCAGUGGUCGGUCGCUAGCUUCCACGGUCCCCGGCCUAGCCGACCUGACCCUGAUCGUAUUAGCCUAGGCUCGCGAGAAUACGAUCAACGGUCAGUCGCUAGCUUCAGGAGUUACCGGUCUAGCCAACCUGAUAUUGAUCGUAUUAGCCUAGGCUCGCGAGAAUACGAUCAACAGUCAGUUGCUAGCUUCGAGGACUACGGACCUUACGGUCCCGACGUUGAUCGCGAUAACCGUGGCGGUAAGGAAGGCGAUCAGCAGUCGGUUGAUAGCUUCGAAGGCUACAGACCUGACGGUCCCGAUAUUGAUCGUAAUAACCGUGACGACGGAGAAUACGAUCAACAGUCGGUUGAUGGCUUCGAAGGCUACGGACCUGACAGUCCUGACGUUGAUCGCGAUAACGGUGUUGAUGAGGAAUCCGAUCAACAGUCAGUUGCUAGCUUCGAAGGCUACAGACCUGACGGUCCCGAUGUUGAUCGCGAUAGCCGUCAGCCACACGAAUACGAUCAACAGUCGGUUGAUAACUUCGAAGGCUACGGACCUGAAGGUCCUGACGUUGAUCGUGACGGCCGAGAUCAACAGGAAUACGAUCAAGGCUCCGUUGCCGACUUCGAAGUUGACCGGUCUGACGAACCUAGCGUUGAUCGCAACAGCCGCGAUCCGCGAGAAUACGAUCAGACCUGUGUCAGCGUAUUCGAAGGCUUCGGACCUGACGGACCUGACCCUGAUUGUGAUAGCCGAGAUCCCCGGGAAUACGAUCAAGGCCCUGUCGCUAGCUUCGAAAGCCACGGGCCUGACCGACCCGGCGUUGAUCGCGAUAACUGUCAUCCACAGGGAUACGAUCAAGGCUCCGUUGCUGACAUCAAUCUGGCUGAGUGGUAUAGCAGGAUAAAGGAAGAAUACUCUUGGCUGUUCGAAAGCCAAGAGCCUCGAGGAUACGAUCGAGAUCCUGUUCCUAGCUUCGAAGGCUACGAGGCUGAAGGACCUGACUUCGAUCGUGCCAGCCGAGACGGGCCAGAAUACGAUCGAAGCCGGGUCAACAGCUUCGAGGGCUACGAGGCUGAAGGACCUGACUUUGAUCGUGCCAGCCGAGACUGGCCAGAAUAUGAUCGAAGCCGGGUCAACAGCUUCGAGGGCUACGGACCUGACGGUCCUGACUUUGAUCGCGAUAGCCAA